AGGGAAGGAGGAGGGGAGGAGGACAGACAGAAUGGAAAGAAGUUGUGUUGAGGAAUUUUGCGUCUUGUGUGAAGGGAAAGGCUCUGGUGCUGUGAUGGGAAAGCAGUUGGAGCUGGGAUCUUGAAGGAAAACAGAAGAAACACGAAUUUGGAAUCAAAAAGACACUUUUUUCUUCAAAACCAAAACAAAAGAAAAACUUUAAAACAACUUUGUUUGGACGCUGAAACUUUGAAUAUUGGGCAUACGCAGAAGUUUGUUGUUUUCCCGCUUUAUUGUUUGUUUAUGGCUUGUUUUUUUUAGGAUUUGAAAGAAGACUAAAGUGCUGACGCAUCACAUUUUUGACUUUCUUUUUUUUAAUUUGUUGCUUUUUUUUCUUUUUCGAAACCAGAAACGAGAACUUGGAAGAGGAAAAGCUGAUCUAAAUAAGAAAGCAGACUUUAGCCAAGAAAACACAGCUGUGUGUGUGUGUGUGUAUGAGUGUGUGUGUGUGUGUGGUUUGGUGGCUAUGUUUAUGAAGAUGCGCUGAGGCGAUAUUGAUACACAGACCCUGAAUUACAAAACAAAGGAACCGAAUCGGAACCGAGCGAAGUUAAAAUAUGGAUCUCUUCAAAAUAAAGCUGCUGUUUGUGCUUUUUGUGGCAGUGCUACAUACCCAAGCUUCCGAAACUGUCUCAGGGUUGCGCUUCAAGCAAAGCCCAGGGAAUGUAACUUCAUCACUGGGGAAGCCGGUGGAGAUGCAGUGUGUCCUGAUGAUGGAAGAGGGUGAUGAAGGAGAUGAUGGCCCUCCAGACGUUCUGUGGCUCAGAGAGGGGCACCUGCUCGAGUACUCUGACACCAACCAAGUGCAGAUGCUCUUCGAUGACGACAUGUGGCUCGUCAUCAGUACACUUCGGAUUGCAAAGGUCCAGCUGUCGGACAUGGGCGCCUACCGCUGCGCAGUGAAAAUUGGGGAUGAUGAGACACUGUCCAUUGAAGGACACCUUCAACUGGAAGGUCUCCCACAUUUCUCUGUGGAACCCCACCACAUGUCCGUAGUGGCGAAUGUGAGCCUGAGUCUGCAGUGUGUUGCUCACGGUCCACCUGAACCAGUCCGCAUCAUUUGGCUUCAGGAUGGAGCCCCUCUCAAUGCGCUGGACGACCCCAUGGCUCUUUCUCCGUCCAGCCUCAACCUCACAGGACUGAACAAAACAAGCUCGUUCUCCUGCGAAGCUCACAAUCGCAAAGGAGUAGCAUCAUCCAGUUCUGGAGUUAUAACGGUCCUCCCUUCCCAGCCACAAGAUGUUAAUGCUGUGGAGAUCACUAAUUCCAGCAUUCGUCUGUCCUGGUCCCCAGGCUUUGCAGGAAUUUACACCAUCAAUCUCUGCACAGUUCAGGUUAGGCCAUCAGGAGAGGACUCCGUCUUGAAUCCGGAUCACAUAUUCCACAACCAAAAUGUUAACAUUCCACCUGCCAGUCACCUGAUCUCCGACCUGAAGCCUUUCACCCCAUAUGACAUCAGAGUCGCCUGCCGGAGCAGCCAGGGAGUCUCUGAUUGGACGCCAUGGGUGACCUUCAGCACCAGUGAAGGAGUUCCAGACAGUGCACCAGUGAACAUCACUGCUAUGCUGAACGGGACAGAGUUGCUGAUCAGCUGGGCCGAACCUGACGGCAAGAUGAAUGGAGAGCUACAGGGCUACAUGAUCGAGUAUAGCACACCUAAUACAGAACAGGUCGUGUUGGACGUAGGAAUGGUAACGGAGCUGUCUGUCAACAUGUCAGUCCCCUUAUCAAACAUCACCUUCAGGGUGCGUGCCUACACAGGAGCAGGAUACGGACCAUGGUCCCCGGUGCAGGCAUUGUCUCUUAUCCCUACAGACAUUAGCAACCCACAGUUGGCAGGUCGCUCCUCUCCUCCGUCAUUGUCCUGGCACUGGUGGUACGUGGUCAUGGCCGUGGCAGUAGCUAUAGCUCUGGCAGUGCUCAUGGCAGUAUACAUGGCCAAACUGAGGCGGAAAGAAACACGGUUUGGUGAGGCGUUUGAGCCCAUGAUGGAGAGUGGAGAGCUGGUGGUUCGGUAUCGAGCUCGUCGCACCUACAGCCGCCGCACCAACGAAGCCACAUUGAACUCACUGGGCAUAAGUGAUGAACUCAAACAGAAGCUGCAAGACGUAAUGGUGGACAGACACAAACUAACCCUGGGAAAAACACUUGGAGAGGGUGAGUUUGGCUCUGUUAUGGAAGGUCUGCUGACUCAAGAGGACUCGGUGCUUAAAGUAGCAGUCAAGACGAUGAAGAUUGCUAUUUGUACACGCACUGAGAUGGAGGACUUUCUGAGAGAAGCAGCCUGUAUGAAGGAGUUUGACCAUCAGAAUGUCAUGAGGCUACUAGGAGUGUGUUUGCAGACUGUAGAGAGCGAAGGCUUUCCAUCUCCUGUAGUGAUUCUGCCCUACAUGAAACACGGAGACCUGCACAGCUACCUGCUCUAUUCAAGACUUGGAGACUCGCCUGUAUAUCUACCAUCUCAGAUGCUGGUGAAGUUUAUGACAGAUAUCGCUCGAGGAAUGGAGUACCUGAGCAGCAAGAACUUCAUCCAUAGAGACUUGGCUGCACGUAACUGCAUGUUAAACGAGAACAUGAACGUGUGUGUUGCUGACUUCGGGCUCUCUAAGAAGAUUUACAACGGUGAUUACUACAGGCAGGGCCGCAUCUCAAAAAUGCCUGUCAAGUGGAUCGCGAUUGAAAGCCUGGCAGACAGAGUUUACACCACCAAGAGUGAUGUGUGGUCCUUUGGUGUGACGAUGUGGGAAAUCGCUACACGUGGUCAGACUCCGUACCCCGGUGUGGAGAACAGUGAGAUUUACGACUACCUGAGGCAAGGCAACCGCCUGAAACAGCCUCCGGACUGCCUGGACAGCAUAUACUCCUUGAUGUUCUCCUGCUGGUUGCUCAGCCCGAAGGACCGGCCGAGCUUUGAGGUCUUGUGUUGCCAGCUUGAGAAAGCCCUGGAAGAGCUUCCUGACCCGCAGGACCCUGACGAGAUCCUCUAUGUCAACAUGGAGGAGUCAUCAGGAGAGCUGGGGGCCGUCGGGGGACGGGAGCCCAACAUAGCAAGUGGAAUGUGCUCUCUGGGGCCAUUGAAGGGAACAGAAACAGUGGCAACGGCAGAGAUUCACCCACCAGGCCGUUACGUCAUCUGCCCCCAACACGAGAGCCAGCGCCUACUCAAUGCCGAUUCGCUAGAAAGCCUGAAUCUCACAGGCUCAACGCCGACUUUAUUACUCCAACCGUCCACUCUUGCAACCCCUGUGCCAACCUCUGAGAUGAACACUUCCGAGGAGAGAGAGGGCCCAGGGGGCAAGAGAAUGAUGUGGUAGUGACACUUAAACUGAAUGAAAGACAGUAGACAUAUACAGGCACUGUACUGCCUAAACAGUUAGCUUGAAGAAGGAUUGAGUUAGAGAUUUGUCCUUUGUCCCAUUGUCCUUCAUUUCCACCUCUUCUGUUCGUGGAAGCACACACUUCCCCUGACAUUCCAUAAACCAAGCUUAUCGUAUGUGUACCACAUCCAAUGUUUCUCUGAACUCAUCAUGCCUGGAGUAAGGUUGGAUUGUAGUUUAGGCUUUGAUGUUUAGCGUCCUCUGUGUCAACGUUCUUCUGACUUUGCACGUCUUUUCCACACAGUUCUAGUUCUGGUUUGAUUGAGGGAUUUCUGAAUUUUUAAACUUUUCCAUUCAUUCAUCUAUCUUCAGUAACUGAUUUAUUCUGAUCAGGGUCACAGUGGAUCCAGAGUCUUUCCUGGGAACACUGGGCAUGGGGCGGGAAUACACCCUGGAUGACAGGGCACAAUGCACACACACACACACACACACACACGCAUGCACACACUCAUUCACAACUAGGGGCGAUUUAUUGUAGCCAAUACACCUAUAUGCAUGUUUUUGGGAGGUGGGAAGAAACCAGAGACCCUGGAGGAAACCCACUCAGAGGUUGCAACGCUACCCUCUGCACCACCAUGCCACCCAAAUACAUGGUUAGAGAUGCCACGAAGUAGGUGGCAGAGCCAUUAGACCUCUUCCAUCAUUGUCAAGGGGAAUGUUAACUUCUGCAAUAUUCUGAGGCCCAGCUUGGCCUCCCCAUUGCAAAUUUGUAUUUGUAUAAUUCACACAAACCAAAUAGCAAAUAAUGGCUGUAAUAGUCAUAUCUCAAGGUUGAAGUUUUAGUGCAAGCCCCAUUUAAAAGACAACUUCACAUCAAGACUGCUGACACACACAAACAUCUACCUGUUGAAAGUAAAACCAUUAUUGGAGAAGAAAGCUGAAUCUGAUAAGCUAGCAUAACACCAAGCUAAACUACCACAUGUGAAUCAAGUAUUAGGAGGUCCUCAGGAGAUACUAGCUCUCGAGCCAUUUAUUAAUAAUGCGUAAAUGUCGAUGGCAUGAGAGCAGCUUUGCCAGCAGAUCACUGCCAUGAUCAUCUGUAGAAGGGAAUCAAACAUCUUUAAGCCUGUUUUCACUUAAGACGGCUUUGAGAUUCCACUUGAGGUUUUUUUUUUUAAUUAUUAUUUUUUACUGUAUGCCUCUUCAGAUCUCUUCAAUCCAACAUUUCCAAAGACAGUAACAUGAGCCAACUUGAAGCACUUCUGGCUUUCUAUACAAGCCAUAGACAGAAAACACCAGGUACAAAGUUGAAAAAUGUCUUGUCAGCGAUUUAGGAGAAAGCAAAUGGCUAAUCUAAUCUAAGUUGGAGAAAAUAGUCAUUAUAUACCACCUAUCUUUGUAAACCGGCUCUGAAGUUCAACAAAACCAAAUCCUCAGUACAAUUUUGGACACCAUUAGAAGAAGUUCUGUCACUUUACCUGUCUACCUACCUGGCAGUAGAAUAAAGUAACUAUGAAAUGAAUACACACUUUAUUCAAUAGGUACUGGAGUUUUCUUAACAUGUCAUGUCCGAGACCAGUUUUAUGGUUUCUGUAACAGUGGUUAACAUGGGGUGUUACAAAUCAGCCUAAAUAGGGCACUAGAUAAGACAUGGUUAGGACGUAAACACCGGGCCGGGUACUGUCAUGGUUCAGCAGGGCCUCGACUCAAGCACAGUAUUAUUUGUGUUUGUUAUUGUUGUUUUGUAUAUAUGAAAUCAUUGCACUAAUCAUUUCCAACACGUGUUUUUUUUUUAUCUGUGUGUUCUUCUAUUUCGCAUAUUGCAUUCGUUUGUUCAACAUCCCUCUUAGCACAGAGUAUGUUUGUAAUUUUAUGUUAAAAUGAAAUCAUAUGAAAAAUUGUCACUGAUAGUAUUGAAAAUUGAGACUUUUGAAAAUUUAAAUUUUAAAUGGAUUUUUUUGUUUGUUUGUUUUACAAAGUAUAGCUCAGAAAUCAAAGAAUGUAUGUUCAUUUUACAUGAAAUUUGUGGUACAGACUUCGGUACAUUUUCUCAAAUAUUCAUAUAAUGUCACAACAAUUUUAAACAUUUUUAAACCCAUAUUGAAUUAUGUGAAUUUGUAUGGAGACUAUGUCAAUACUCAGACUGGUCUGUUAUCAGAACAGAGCUGAAAAUCAUAUUUAAAGUUUAUAUGGUCACGUGAAUUUGCCUUAGAUUAUGUUUCAGUUAGGUACAUUAAUACAGGCCAAGCCGUCCACAUGUCCUUAACUGCCAUGAUCUUGAUAUUAGCAUAUAUUCAAUGACUUUUCCCCCAAUAUAAUGAAAAAUAUCUUCUCUUGUACUGCAUAUUCAAGACCUUUUGCAAGAGUUAAAUCAGUUUUCAUAAAAUAACAUUUAUGGUCAAUUCUACAGGGUUUUUUUUUCCACAUCAUAAGCUGUGCAUACUUUGGUAUGAAUAUAUUGUAUUACAUCCAUAUUGACAUUCACAUGUGAGCUACACACUUCAGAGUGCCCUGGGAAAGCCAGUAUUUUGCCUUAAGAUAGUUUUUUAAUAUGUAGCAUUAGGCAAUUAUGUCUAGAUAAUAUGUUGCUAUUAUGUUUUUUGUAAGAUUUUGAUACGCUUUUAUAUGAAAUAAAUGCUAUCUGCACAAUUCAUAAA